AUGCCCCUCAUUGAAGAUAUCAAUCCAACUACAGACAGCAUGGAAGAAGUGUCUCCCAAAUGUUCGCUGCCUGAAUUGUACGCAUUUGUUGAGGAUUUUAAAAAAGAGAGUAAGAAAUGUAAUAUUGAAAAAACUCACAAUAUGUCUCUUAGUGACGCACAGAAAAUGCUUAGUCAAAGCUUGCAUGGCAUGUCAUUCAUAAGCGGAACUGGCCUGAGAAGAGGAGACCCCCAACCUGUUCUUACGUGCACAUUGGUUAAAAAAGAGAGCUGGGACAGGCCCAAAUCAAUGACUGACCUCCUCCACCACAGCCUCCUGUCGGGCUCCCUCUCUGCGGUGCACAAACUCCACAGGUCCCAAGACAGGCUCGCUCAGAGUGGAAUCCCUCCGCCCACACACACCUUCCCUUAUGAGAUUCUCCUGGAUUACAACAACUCGUUGAACACAGCUGCCGUAAAGAAGAAAGUUCAGAACACCUUGGUGUUAUGCAAGCUGGCCAUUUCCAAGAUCUCUGUCCCAGAAAAGUUUAUCGCUGAAGAGAAAGUUCCUACCUACUUCUUAAUUAAUCCAGGUAAUCUAAACAGAUGGGGCCCCAUGGGAGAAAAUUAA